AUGUCAAAAACGAAGUGCGCUCGGGCCGUGAGAGUAGGCGACACCAUCCUCAUCGCCAAAGGCGACGGCCAACUGGUGGCGCUCGACAGCUCAGGCAAGACCGUCACCGACCUCACAAUUGUGUCGAACACUCUGCGCCAAGGCAUCAAAGACGCGUACGACGAGGUCGAGGAGGUGUCCCUGUGCGUGGUGCGCUGCAUGGGCCAGCAGGCGGUCACCGACUACGUGGUGGCCAAUCGCAAUCUCCGUGCCCAACCAACAGAAUGA